AUGAUUUGUUCCUCGUCUCGUCAGGGCCUGUCAUCGGGGGGGGGGGACGUAGACACUGAGGGUGGUGGCAAAUUUGCCUCCCCGAAGAGGCAGGAGGAGGCUCAUCAGGCGAUCGCUGAUGCCCUGCAUCAGGCAGGGCAGUCGUUCCACGAUGUCAUUCCGGAUGGCAAAGGCGACGCCCGAGUCCCAUCGCUCUGCGAUGGGGCGACCGCUCCAGAAGAAGCUGUAGCCGGCACCCACCUCCUCCAGUUGGCAUUGUUCGGAGAACCGGGUCUCGCUGAGUGCAACGAUUUCUACCUUGUAGCGCGCCAGUUCCCGAGCCCUUAG